GGAGUAUUAAAUUUUCUUAAUCGAUUGUAUAAUCGGAUAAGCGAUCAAUAUCAGAUGUUCAACUAUCAAGUUACAUAUUAUGUAUUGAUGACCUCUUUAAUGCUUUAAAUCAUAAAUGAGAUAUAUGUAUUUAUUCACUUGGUCUGAAGAUAAUAAAAGAAUCAUAAAGACUUUUUGCUUCCUUACCCAACAUUUCAUACCUUGUUGUAAUACGUAAAAUGAGAUAAAUAAGCCCUAGACGCGAUUAGAAAGCGUUGGAGAUUAAAAAUGAUUUGAUAUUAAACCCCCACAGAUAUAAAAGCUGUGCGAAACUAUUACAUAAAUUUUUUGGCUUUUUCUUUUUUAACCCAACUUUUCCCUUUUCCCGAAUAAAAUGUUUACUGAUAGACAAGUCAACAACGCUAAUCAAUUCCCUAUGCAAUGGGUCGCCAACAUGGAUGUUGAUGUCCAACCUAAAGCUGCUCGUAAGACAUCCAUCAUCUGUACGAUCGGUCCUAAAACAAACAAUGUUGACAAGUUGGUCGAAUUGAUCGAUGCCGGUAUGAACAUUGUCCGUAUGAACUUCUCUCAUGGUGACUAUGAUUAUCACAAGUCUGUUCUUGACAACGCCCGUGCUGCUGCUGCUGCACGCCCUGAUAAGGUCAUUGCUAUUGCUCUUGAUACCAAGGGUCCUGAAAUCCGUACUGGUUUGAUGGCCAACGACGUCGAAGUACCUAUUACCAAGGGCCACGAAAUGAACAUUACUACUGAUGAAAAGUACGCUACUGCUUGUGAUGGCGAAAAUAUGUACGUUGAUUACAAGAACUUGCCUAAUGUGAUUGACGUCGGCAAGUACAUCUACGUCGAUGAUGGUGUCCUCUCCUUCAAGGUCAUUGCCAAGGGUGACAAUUAUGUUCGUGUCCAAGCACAGAACAACGGUAAGCUCUGCUCCAAGAAAGGUGUCAACCUUCCCAAGACGGCCGUCGACCUUCCUGCUCUUUCUGAAAAGGACAAGAACGAUCUUCGCUUCGGUGUUGAAAAUGGUGUUGAUAUGAUCUUUGCCUCUUUCAUUCGUCGUGCCCAAGAUGUCAAGGACAUCCGUCGUGUCCUUGGCGAAAAGGGUAAGAACAUCAAGAUUAUCUCCAAGAUCGAAAACCACCAAGGUAUCAUGAACUUUGACGAGAUCCUUGCCGAGACUGACGGUGUGAUGAUUGCUCGUGGCGACAUGGGUAUCGAAAUCCCUUGUGAACGUGUCUUUGUUGCUCAAAAGAUGAUGAUCGCCAAGUGUAAUUUGGUUGGUAAGCCCGCUGCUUGUGCCACUCAAAUGUUGGAAUCCAUGACCUACAACCCUCGCCCUACACGUGCUGAAGUAUCUGAUGUUGCCAACGCCGUCUUAGACGGUGCUGAUCUCGUCAUGCUUUCUGGUGAAACUGCCAAGGGCUCUUACCCCGUUGAAGCCGUCAAGACAAUGGCCACAACUUGUCAAUUAGCCGAAUCCGUCAUCUGUUACAGUCCUCUGUUUAACCAACUUCGCGGCUUGACCCCUUGGCCCACUGACACCACUGAGACUGUUGCUUGUGCUGCUGUCUCUGCUGCUGCCGAACAAAACGCGGGUGCCAUCUUGGUCCUCUCCAAGUCCGGUCACUCUGCUCGUCUCGCUUCCAAGUACAGACCUGCUCAACCCAUUAUCCUCGUCACCCGUGAGACACAGACUGCUCGUCAAUCACACCUUCACCGUGGUGUGUUCCCUUUCAUCUACACCGACCCUGUUGCUGCCAAGUGGGACGAAGAUGUCGAAUCUCGUAUCAAGUGGGGUAUUCAACAAGGCAAGAAAGCUGGUCUUAUCAAGUCAAAUGACCCAGUCGUCAUCGUUCAAGGAUGGAAGGGUGGUCUCGGCAACACAAACACUGUCCGUGUGUUGAUUGCUCCCUAAACUAGUAUCAUUAUAUAAACUCAUUCGUGCAUACAUAUUUGUAUUUUUGGCAU